AUGGAGGGGCAGCGCUGGCGUGGCCCGGGCUGCUGGCUGCUCUGCUGGGGCUGGCUCCUGGCGGCCGGGCACCUGCGGGGGGCAGAGGCGGGCUGUGGCCGGCGGGGGAGCCCCCGCUGCUGCCCCGGGCGCAAUAACGCGUGCGCCGACCUCAGCGGGCCCCGGGCCCCCUGCUACUGCGACACUCACUGCGAGAAGACGGGCGACUGCUGCGAGGAUUACCCCGGCGUGUGCCAGCGAGCGGCAGCCAUCCACUGCGUGGUGGGACUCUGGGGUCCUUGGAGCGAGUGUAGCUCCCUGUGUGGGGUCGGUAGCGAAGACCGGACUCGGCAAGUCACUAUCCCACCCCGAAACGGAGGGACCCCCUGUCCAGACCUCAAGCAGCGGAGAGGGUGCUUUGGGGAGAACCCAGCCUGUGAUACAGCUCAAGAGGUGGCUAAGAUUUUGCCAGAUUCUUUUAAAAGGGACUUUAAGGACCCUUGGAGAAGACCUCACAUGCUGGUGAAGGAGAAGCAGCCAAGUUACUGCGUCUAUUUCCGCCUGAAGCAGGUGAGAGCCGCCUGCCGCCUGCACUUGUGGAGCAGCCAGCUGAUGAGAGAGAGGCGAGUCUGUGUGGAGUGCCGACCGGACGCUGUGGGCAGCGGGGCCCGAUGCAAGGGGGACGGGCUGGAGGGAGCCAGGACGUUCUGGACUGCUACCUCCAUUGCUGGGUGCCAGGGUUCGUGGAUCCAGGAGUCUCUGCAUGAGAACUGUGUGUGUCCUCCGCUGUCACUCAUCUUUGUGUAACCUUCUGUCAACCUGGGUCAUGAACUUUCAAGGAGAAGGGGAGAGUGACCGAUUGAAGCUGAUGACCCAGCCUUUUCUGGUUAUCACUAGAAAGCAGGCAGAAGAAGUGAAGGGCAGACCUCCUCUGAAUGAAGUUCUUGCUACACUUUUUACCUCGUAUCACUUUCAUUAGAAACUCUCACUUCCUAUGAAAUUUAUAUUUUUGGCCACAUACCUAUGUAUUGCUUGAAAACACAAGCCUAUCUUUGUUCUUUUGAACUUUAUAUUGCUGAAACCUUGCUACCUACCUCCAGCACUGCAGCUAGAAUGGAAGACCACUCUUCUUCUGCGUGUCCCAUUAUUUUGCAGAUUUUAACAACAAAAGAAAAGAAGAAAAUUGCAAUAACCCUAUUUAAAAAAACAUUUCUUUAAAAAGAGAAGAAAUUUAUUAGAACCCCAGCACCAAAGUUAAUGAUGGACGAAUAUUGGAAUGAGGCCAAAUCUGAGAGAGGAAGUGAUGUCAUGGCUAUUUGGAAUGACAUGGGACAUGUCAGUUAGCUGUGGAACUGUUUCCAAAAAAAAAACCAAGUCUUUCGACUGCUUUUUGAAAGGAAUGUGUGAAUGGCCAAAGUCUUAAAAGAUGCAACUUUUCUUCUCUGUGCUUCCGAGCUUUUACAGUUGAUUGUGUUGCUUUUCUGUUGAUACUUGAGUGAUUCAAACAGGAUGGUGUAUUACAUGUCAUUCAAUCUCCUCAAGAUCAGAGUAAAGGCAGUGACAAAUCUGCACUUCUGUCUUGGGGAAAAGUCCAGAAAAUAGCGUAAGAGUUUUUUUUCUCCACUUGUUGUUUGUAAUGCUUUAACAUGAGUGAUAUAAUAUAUCUAAAAAUAUGAGCUCGCUCUUGCGCUCUCUCUCUCUCUCUGCCACAGUAAAAUAUCUCAGCCACACUUGCACCCCAUUUUUCAGAUGACAGUAACACACAGUUCAGGACCUUCAAGCUUUCUAUUUAUUGAAUAGGGUUAGACUUCAGUGCACUUUGGUCUUGAGUUUUCUGAAGCCCUUGGAAUAGCCACCCCCUAAUCUGAGGACUUUAAAAAGCAAGAGGAAAAUGGUUAAUGCUUUUUUGAUGGUGGAUCAUGUCCCAGAGACCUGGGGACUUUGGAAUAACUGCAACUGACAACUACUUUGCUUAAUGUCUGGAAAAACAGUCUAGGAUAGUUUUGGUUCCUAGGUUGUAUGUGAUCACGUGAUGACAUACAGAAUCCUGAGGCUACUCUCCCAGGUCAGACUGCAGGUGAUUUUCCCGCUUCUACACUGUGUUUCCUUGGGCCUCUUCCUGAUGUGGUUCCCUCCACUCUGUGGGCUUCUCCCAUGGCAUCGUUAUUCCCCACGGCAUGCUGUGCUUGCUCCUUCCAAAGGAACUUCAGUCCAAAAGUUGGUUUUUUGCAAAUUACAUUUAACAUAGGUUAUUAAUUGAACAAUAAAACAUCUCCCAGUUGGGGAAGAGGCCAUACAAUCUGAAAAGCCGGAAGACUGACCAUUAUUCAGAGAGAAUUCAUUUAUUAAACAAAUUUGUUAGCUGCACCUUAGUUUAUCCGUAGAAACACAGUUGGCCUUUUACAACCUCUGGUUUGGCUAAGGAGCACAAUAAAGGCCUGAUUCUGUGUGAUGCUGAGCACCUGUAACUCUAUAAAUAUCACAGGAUUUGACUCUACAGGGCCUACCGUGUGCUUACUGAAGUCAUUAUAAAGGCUUCAGGGGGCUUUGGAACAGGCCCUGUGUCCAUUCUUUGCUGUCCCUUCACUGCAUCCGUUCUACAUCCGAUAAAAUGAUUAGAUCUCCACUGGCUUUUUAGUGUAACAGAAACACUUUUGCAGUGGAAUAUUAUGCAAGGAUCAGUGGUUCCUGCGUUAACAAUCUGGGCCUCAGCUUUGCCUUGCUAUUUAUGUGGCAGUGAGACUGUUAUCUGAUGGCAAUAUUCCCUUUGUCUGUCCACUGAUGUUAUCUCUUCAGCAUCUUCUGUUCCAUUUGAGUUGAUGGCUCCUGUAUCCUCCUCUGUCAUAUUGUCUGUGUCCAAUUCAGGGGCCAUGUUCUCCUUUUUCUAAUGGAGUUGUGUAUGCUGGUCAAAUCUGUUCUCGGGAAGUCAGGUUCAAAUCUCAGGUAAAACAAAACAAACCCACCUAGACAGCACAUAUGUACGUGCUCCAACCUGCCAGUUGGCUCCUUCAUGGGUCCUUCAUAGGAGCUCAGUCAUAUGGUCCAACUAUCAAGCCCCUUCCCCCCCCUCCUCACCCACCUCUGUGUCCUGACAUGACAGAAACUGAGCCUUCAUGGAUGUUAUUCAUAGGCAGAAAUUGUUUUCAGUGAGGCCUAAGGGCAUUAGACACCAGUCUCCUGUUGACUUUCAGUGGGAGUUGAGCUCCUAACUCACUUGGCUCCAUUGAAAUCCCCAGCUAUAGAUGUUCAGGCCAAAGGAAAGAUUAUGAUCCAACCUUCUGCCUUAUAUCCAACCUCCUGCCUUAUAAACGAUCUCUACCAAAUAUCUUUUUUUUUUUUUUUAAGCACUGACCAAUAGGCUCCUUGUUCUUUUACUGGCUUUUUCUGUUGCUCUAAACUCCACUGAGCUCCAUAUAGCACAAGAGCUUGUCACCAUCUCUGUAUGUACCAGAGCGCUGGCAUUUGGAAUUCAUAGUGUUGCUCCCAUGUCUUUUUCAAUGAACACAAUUCUGGAGUGAAACAAUUUCCAGCUUUUAAUAUUGUAGUAAUUGUUCUGAACCUUAUCACUUCAUGUAUCCACAGCCAUAUUCUGUGCUAGGUCUGCUGUUGUACAAAAACGUGUACUUGAGUUACUUUGAAUAAAGACAGUAAAAACCU